GUGCGAUUAGACAACCGCAGCACAUCGUAUCUGGGUGCUCCGAGGCCCACGAUCGCGUGGCAACUCCUCCGUCGAGCUACCAGUUGGCUGAUUGGCAAUUGCCACUUGUACAUAAGAAGGCCAGCAGCAGCAAGGCCCCUGCGCCCUUCACUUCAGCAGCGACACCAAGUGGCGAGCUAGCUUGCUAGCUGCUGCUUCCCAUGGGGAGGAGAGGGAGAGACUCGGCGGCGGCUCUGGUGGUGGUGCUGGCGGCGGCGGCGGCGGCGGCGAGCGCAUCGUCGCCGGCGGAAGGGUUCCAGCCGCUGUCCAAGAUCGCCGUCCACAGGACCACCGUCGAGAUGCAGCCGUCGGCGUACGUGCGGGCCACGCCGUCGCUGCUCGGCGGGCAGGAACAAACGACUUCCCAAAAGAGAGAGAAAAACCAUACUAUUUUUCCCUUUAAAAAUCUGUCUCUUUCCACUGGUCCUGUGCUACGACAACUAAGGACAGCGAGCGCGGGAUCUGGUCCUGCCCUGGGAGAAGACACUGAGUGGGUGACGGUGAAGUACGGCUGGUCAAGCCCGUCCGUCCACGACUGGAUCGCCGUUUUCUCUCCGGCUGAUUUCAUCUCGGGCACGUGCCCUAACCCUGCGAGACAUCCCGGAGAACCACCGCUCUGCACGGCUCCUAUCAAGUAUCGGUAUGCCAAUUACUCGGCGAACUACAUCUACUGGGGCAAGGGCAGCGUCCGGUUCCAGCUCAUCAACCAGCGCUACAACUUCUCCUUCGCCCUCUUCACCGGCGGUCUCGAGAACCCGAAGCUGAUCGCGGUGUCGGAGCCGAUCUCGUUCAAGAACCCCAAGGCGCCCGUGUUCCCGCGCCUCGCGCAGGGCAAGACCCACGACGAGAUGACGGUGACCUGGACCAGCGGCUACGACAUCAGCGAGGCGUACCCGUUCGUGGAGUGGGGCGCGGUCGGCGCCGCCGCCGGCGCCGAGCCCGCGCGCACGCCCGCUGGGACGCUCACCUUCAGCCGCGGCAGCAUGUGCGGCGAGCCUGCGCGCACCGUCGGGUGGAGGGAGCCCGGCUUCAUCCACACCGCGUUCAUGAGGAAUCUGUGGCCCAACAAGGAGUACUACUACAAGAUUGGGCACGAGCUGCAGGACGGAUCCGUGGUGUGGGGCAAGCCCUACACGUUCCGUGCCCCGCCGUCGCCGGGGCAGAACUCGCUGCAGCGCGUCAUCGUCUUCGGCGACAUGGGAAAGGCUGAGAGAGAUGGAUCGAACGAGUUCGCGAACUACCAGCCGGGGUCUCUGAACACGACGGACACGCUGGUCAAGGAUCUGGACAACUACGACAUCGUCUUCCACAUCGGCGACCUGCCCUACGCCAACGGCUACAUCUCCCAGUGGGACCAGUUCACUGCGCAGGUGGCGCCCAUCACCGCCAACAAGCCCUACAUGAUCGCAAGCGGCAACCACGAGAGGGACUGGCCCAACACCGGAGGCUUCUUCAACGUCAAGGACUCCGGCGGCGAGUGCGGCGUGCCGGCCGAGACCUACUACUACUACCCGGCGGAGAACCGAGCCAACUUCUGGUACAAGGUGGACUACGGGAUGUUCCGGUUCUGCAUCGCCGACUCGGAGCACGACUGGCGGGAGGGCACGCCGCAGUACGCGUUCAUCGAGCAGUGCCUCUCGACGGUGGACCGGAAGCACCAGCCGUGGCUCGUCUUCGCGGCGCACCGCGUGCUGGGCUACUCCUCCAACGACUGGUACGCCAUGGAGGGCUCCUUCGAGGAGCCCGAGGGCCGCGAGAGCCUGCAGAAGCUCUGGCAGAAGUACCGCGUCGACAUCGCCUUCUUCGGCCACGUCCACAACUACGAGAGGACCUGCCCCGUCUACCAGAGCCGGUGCAUGACCAACGAGAAGAGCCACUACUCGGGGACGAUGAACGGCACCAUCUUCGUGGUGGCCGGCGGCGGCGGCAGCCACCUGUCGGACUACACGACGGCGGUCCCCAAGUGGAGCAUCUUCCGCGAUCGCGACUUCGGGUUCGUGAAGCUCACGGCGUUCAACCACUCGUCGCUGCUGUUCGAGUACAAGAGGAGCAGCGACGGCAAGGUCUACGACUCCUUCACCGUCGACCGGGACUACCGGGACGUGCUCAGCUGCGUGCACGACAGCUGCUUCCCGACCACGCUGGCCACCUGACAAGCGUCGCCGUGCCGGGUGCUGCGAGUAGUAGGGUGGUGAUGUCCCGGCCGGUCUUGCCGUCUUGGAGCUGAGCACGAUCAGGAGCUUGUGUUGCGUAACGAAGUGGUCAAUUGACCGUGUCUCCCGGCAACGUGGCACUCGGUUUCCGUGGCUUGUGCUAUCGUCAUUGGGAAUUGGCAAUAAACUUGCCCAGCCAUUAGUCAGUGAUAUUUAUUUAUUUUUACUGUCA